GUCACUGCAUGUGUCUGAGAGGCAGUCAGACACAGAGCAGAGCAGAGGGAGCAGAGGUGAUCUCACACUCAUCAGCACAGGAUAACACAACCAUGAUGGGUUGACUUGGGGGGGGGGCAGGCGGUUGGAGAGAGGAAGUGUGCGUUCGCCACCACUUGCUCAGCCAUGGAGACCAACAAAGUUCUACAUUUUGUGCCUUCGGAGGCUCCUCCCUCUGGGAUGUCCAAGAAUGGAUACUUCUUUCAAGAAAUGGAGCAGCGGGAGGUGGAGCAGCAGGAGGAGGGCAGCGAGGGCCGAGAGGAGGGACAAGACUCGCCGAUCGCCUGCGGAGAUGACAUCCACCUCUAUGACAACCAGAUCAGCCCUGGGCCAGACGCGGUGCGUGUCUGCAAUCACGGCGGACCUCCUGAGGCGUCGGUCAAGAAGGCAGCAGAAAGAAAAACCCUCAGAACAACUUUGAACUCAUUUGUUCUGGUGGAGUCCAUCCCGAGCCUGACGGCAGGUGUUGACUUGACAGACAGCUCCUCAGCUGCAGACGCUGACGACUCUGGUUGCGUGUUGCUGAACACAUCACGACGGUAUGUGAAGCUGAUGAACUUUGAGGAGGAGAUUCGGGCUCACCGGGACCUGGACGGCUUCCUGGCCCGGGCCACAAUCCUGCUGGACGAGACCGCGGCCUCCCUGGACGACGUCCUGAAGAGAAUGUUGCACCAUGUGGGCCAGGACAGCAACUCCUCCGAGCCCAGCUGCAACUUCGAGGAGGUGAUGAGCAUGCUUUUCACAGACGCAGGAGCUCAGGAGGUCAACGACAAGUCUCAAAGUUUCGUUUUCUUUGAUGACGUCCACCUGCUGUCAGAGACGAUCCAGGGGGUGACGGCCACCGCCACCGGGAUCCAGUACCAGCAGUCCUGGCUCUGCAUCCUCUGCAACGUGAAGUACCUCCAGAGGCGUCACGUGUGCAUCUCCCGCCUGGAGAGGCCACAGAACUGGGGGGAGAACUGCUGCGAGGUCCGCUAUGUCAUCCUGAUCCUGGCCCCGCUCAAAAUGAAAAGCACCAAGACAGCGAUGGAGCUGGGCAGGACGUUCGCCACCCUCUUCUCUGACAUUUCCUUCAGGCAGAAGCUGCUGGAGACGAAGACUCAGGAGGAGUUUAAGGAGGCGCUGGUGUUCCAGAGGCACCAGCUGACGGCAACCAACCAGCAGCCCAUCGCUCUGGGGAAGGAGGAGACCGACCCCCGCAGUCACAAGCCCCUCAAGUGUCAAGACUUCUUGAGAGCCGGCCGGGGGAUCUACGAGGACAUCUGCCGCCGACUGCCGUUCUACCCCUCUGACUUCACAGAUGGCAUCGUUGGCAGUAAUAAAACCCUGCUGAAGUACAUGACCACAGCCAUCUUCCUCUACAUCGCCAUCCUCCUCCCCGCCAUCGCUUUCGGCUCCCUCAACGACGAGAGCACGCGUGGCGAGAUAGAUGUCCGGAAGACCAUCAUCGGCCAAAGCAUCGGCGGGGUCAUCUACUCGCUGUUCGCCGGCUCUCCUCUAGUCAUCCCUCUGACCACGGCUCCCCUCGCCAUCUUCAUCAGCGUGAUACGAGGAAUCUGCGACGACUACAACCUGGACUUCCCAGCCUUCUACGCCUGCAUCGGGUUGUGGAACUGCCUCUUCCUCAUCCUGGGAGGCAUCUUCAAUCUCAGCCUGCUCAUGAAGCUCUUCAAAAGGUCGACAGAGGAGGUCAUCGCGCUCUUCAUUUCCAUCGCGUUUGUGGUGGACGCCAUGAAAGGAACAGUCAAGAUCUUUCACAGGUACUACCACGCCCCAACGCUGGCCAACGGCACCAUAGACGCCUUCCCUCAGGGCGGAGACCUGCUCGGGGGAAACAGGAGCGAGACGGCGGCCGGGUUCGCCCUCAACGCCCUCCCUGAUUCUGUCAUCCAUUGCACCCGAGAGAGGCCCGUCCUCUGCCUCCUGCUGAUGCUCGGGACGUUGUGGAUGGGCUACACCCUCUACCAGUUCAAAAGGAGUCCGUUCCUGCAUGCCAAAGUGAGGGAGGUGCUGUCGGACUGCGCCCUGCCCAUCUCAGUGCUCGUGUUCUCCUUCAUCGGCUCCUACAUUUUCAGUGACAUUGAGCUUCCAGUCUUUAAAGUUCACGACCGGCCCGUCUUCAAAGUGGCUCCGUUUGAGCGGCUGUCGGCCAUGAACGUCGUCAGCGCCAUGGGCCUCGGCUUCCUCCUGGCCCUCCUCAUCUUCAUCGACCAGAACAUUGUCGUCUCGCUGACCAAUGCACCAGAGAACAGGUUGCUGAAGGGCACGGCGUAUCACUGGGACCUCAUGCUCUCUGGGCUCAUCAACAUACUGAUGUCGGUGCUGGGGUUGCCCUGGAUGCACGCCGCCUUCCCCCACUCCACCCUCCAUGUGCGCCAGCUGGCUUUCGUGGAGCAGCGCGUGGAGGGGGGGCACCUCUAUGAGACAAUCGUCCAGGUGAAGGAGACCCGGCUGACGUCUCUGACUGCCAACAUCUUCAUCGGCGUGUCGGUGCUGCUGCUGCCUCUCCCGCUGCAAUGGAUCCCCAAACCCGUCCUGUACGGCCUCUUCCUCUACAUCGCCCUCACCUCCAUCGACGGAAACCAGAUGUGCGACCGCAUGGCUCUCCUCCUCAAGGAGCAAACGUCUUACCCGCCUACCCACUACAUCCGCAAAGUGCCCCAGAGGAAGAUCCACUACUUCACCUUCCUGCAGAUGAUGCAGCUGCUGGUACUCUGCACGUUCGGCAUGUACCCUAUACCGUACAUGAAGAUGAUCUUCCCUCUGUGCAUGAUCAUGCUAAUUCCAAUCAGGAACAACGUGCUUCCUCAUAUCAUUGAGGCCAAAUACCUGGACAUAAUGGAUGCCCAACACAUGUAGCUACAGAUGGAGACGGGUUCUGGAUCUACAAAUAGACGUCUGGAGUUUAAAUAAAAAGGGAAAAAAAAAAGAAAUGAGGAUUUAAAAAACAAAAAAAAAAGUAUUUUUCAAUGCAAAACUGUUGGGAGCAAAAAGGAGAUAAAAACCAACUGUUUUGAUUUUUGUAUCUGAUAAGAACAUCCUUACAGGUGAAGCACUGGAAAUGUGGGAAGUCGCGUGAGAAAGAAAGAUGAGAGCUGUGUGGGAAGUGUUUCCAGAGGUGGACAGACUGCAUCUCUCUGGGGAAAGUUCUACCGUCCAGAGCUCCCUGUUCCCUCCCUUUGACCCCGUCAGCUAGUUCAGUGCCAUAUAUACCUCCAUGUUCUCCUCUCACACCUUCACAUCUUAUGGUAACAUUUUACAAUAUCCUUACUGGAGUGCAUUCAUCUGUGUGUUAAGCUAUGGAUAAGUGCUUAAAGUACUCACUAAUACUGUGGAAGUAAUACAAAUGCUGCCGGUGUACAUUGUAGAGCACGUAGAAGGGUGUAAUGGCACAAUGUAAGUUUCAACAAUAUCGCUCUUUUUUUGACACUUGGCACUCGCAUUGUGUUUUUACGUCAUUCGGGUGAAUUCGACAUACUUACGCUGUGUUGAUAAGUACUUAAGUACUUCUCUGCGGAUGAAUUAACUGGUGAGAACGCUGCAUUUAAGCCACUGCAAAGUAAACCUGUACCUGUUUUGUAAUUCUGUCAUUGUGCAGUGUUAAAACCAUUCCUGCACCUGUUAGCUGUGAUUCCCCUUUUCUAUGAAGGACACGUGCAUAUUUAGUUUCUAAGUCAUU